UCGCUUAUCACAGGAGAGAUAGAAACAGUGUACAAAGGUAGAUAAUUAUUCGUUUUCUUGUAAGUUCUCUUGUUGCCUCUUAUUAUUCCCUCCAUUGUCUUUUCACUUCUCCAUGAUCAUUGAUGUCAUGUGCUAAGAAAAACAGCAGCUUCAAACCCAGCACUUUGAACUAUUCUAUUUUUUGGGUCAAUCUGAAAAGUGAAAUGUUUCCCAGAAUCCAUAUGUAAUGCUUUUGAGUCAAGAUUUUCAUUUUCCUGUGUGUUUCUGAAAAAUGGGAGGUUGCUGCGAUCUUCAAGUAGACGUCAAUGGCGAAGAAGUUUUCAUGGUGGACAAGCAAACAUUGGCGUCGUACUCGGGUAGAUUUAGAAAAUUGUUUGGUAAACGGACUGGAGCAUCGAGGUGCCUAAAAGUGAUAUUCCAUGACUUUCCUGGAGGCGCAGAGGGUUUUGAGCUCAUGGCAAGGUUUUGUUACAACAAUGGAAGAAUUGAGAUAACUCCCUCGAACAUUGUCCUACUAUUCUGCGUCGCGCAUUUCAUGGAGAUGGGAGGCGAUGGUGAUGGCUCUGGAAGACCGAACAUAUUGUCUCAAACCGAAAAAUCUCUUGAAGGGAUCAGCUUUUGGACAUGGUCUAACCUUGUGGUAGCUCUAAAGCAAUGCCAAGAUUUACUUCCCGCCUUAAAUUUAUCGUCAGUAUUGCACAAGCUCCUAGACUCCAUCAUAGCCAAGCUUUUUUCGCCGUACGUUACAAGCACUUAUGCUUCUUCGUCAGAAGAUUUAAGUUUUCGGUUUUCAAGUGGAAGGAGCAGUUAUAGUCUGAAAACUGACUGCUCAAGAAAAACAUGGUGGGUGGAAGACCUUAUGUUCUUGAACACCGAUUUACUCGAGAAGGUGGGAAGAAGGAUGAUAUUCCAGGAGCUCGACCAUACUACAAUUUUCAAGUUUCUCUUCCAUUAUCACCAAUCUAAGUCUAUCGGUGCCACGCGAGGUGAGAAGCGUAAAAUCACAGAACUUGUUAUCAGUCUGCUUUUUCUGCUAGACCGAAGCUUUCUUUCUGUCAAAGGCUUAUUCAAGAUAUACCAAGCGGCUAUGUGCCUGAGAGUUAGCAAGAAGUGUGUAAACAAGUUAGUGAGCAUGAUAGGUUCUCAGCUGGAUCAAGCAACAAUUGAUUUUCUACUCGUUCCAUCUCCGCGCACCAAGAAGUAUGUAUACGAUGUGAGUUUGGUUUUGAAGUUAGUGAAAUCAUUUCUCCUUGAAGGGGGAGAUCGUGUAUCUCAAAGUCGCUUAAAAAGUGUCGCGAAGCUGAUGGAUUCGUACCUUGCAGAAGUAGCACCAGAUUCUCACCUGAAUCCUUCAAAAUUCGAAGCAUUAGCCACGAUGCUGCCACAUUCUGCGCGAGAAUCUCACGACGGUCUUUACCAAGCAAUUGAUGUGUAUUUUAAGCGUCGUGCUGUUUUAUUCAGGGAGGAGAAGAUGAGUAUCUGUUGUGCACUGAACUACGAAAAGCUCUCAACGGAAGCUUUGAAACAUCUCGCUCAUAAUUCGAAGUUUCCUCCAAGAAAAGCAGUUGAAGCUUUCGCUACGGAGCAAUUAAAACUCCGAAGCUUAUUUCAUGAAGCUUACAAUCUCAAGACUCUAGACUCCUUGUUCAUUGACACAGGUAAAGAAAUUAGGGACGAGAAAGAGGAGGGUAAGCAGAUCAUUCCGCUUUCCAUGAAGAAACUCGAUCUCCCAACAGAGACUCCGAAGCGUAGAGCAGAUUUGCAGAACAUGCAAUGGAAGGCAUCGGAGUUGGGCGUUUGUGGCACGAUGGAGAUGAAGAUGACUGGUGCAUUGAACUUAAGAUUGUCCUUUAGGGGAAGUACUCGAUACUUGCCUACACUCUUUCCUUAAUGCAAGUCAAAAACUUUAGUUUUUUUUUUUUUGUGGAA